GAAAUUACCAGGACAAAGUUGUUGCGAUACGUCAAUCGCAGUAGCCAUUGUCCUAAAUUUGCUUAUUUGUGUAUGAAAUUUCUGUAAUUUAACGUGUAAAUUAGGGUGACAGCAAAGAAAAACAGACGUAAAUAGUGGUGUUUAGAGCUAUUGUUUAAAAUAAAUACUUCAAAUAUGAAUCCAGAAUACGAUUACUUGUUCAAACUUCUUCUGAUCGGGGACUCCGGCGUGGGGAAGUCGUGUCUAUUGCUUAGGUUUGCGGAUGACACUUAUACGGAAAGUUACAUUAGUACCAUUGGUGUAGAUUUUAAAAUACGCACAAUCGAUUUAGACGGGAAGACUAUAAAAUUGCAAAUAUGGGACACAGCAGGGCAGGAGCGGUUCCGAACGAUCACCUCGAGUUAUUACAGGGGGGCACACGGUAUUAUAGUGGUUUACGACUGCACAGACCAGGACUCUUUCAAUAAUGUGAAACAGUGGUUGGAAGAAAUAGACCGUUACGCUUGCGAUAAUGUAAACAAGUUAUUAGUGGGAAAUAAAAGUGAUCUUACUACGAAGAAAGUGGUGGAUUACACAACGGCUAAGGAAUACGCGGAUCAGUUGGGCAUCCCGUUCUUGGAGACCUCGGCGAAGAACGCCAGCAACGUGGAGCAGGCCUUCAUGACGAUGGCUGCGGAGAUCAAGAACCGGGUGGGGCCCCCGUCCUCGGCCGCCGAUCAAGCGAGCAAAGUGAAGAUCGAUCAAGGGCGCCCAAUUGAAACAACCAAGUCGGGAUGUUGCUGAAAAUUUAGUCACAUUUGUUUGCAGGUCAUCUCUUAUUUUGUAUGGUAGCAGUUUCCUGCUAAUUUAUAUUAUAGUAAUAUCCGUCUUGUAUGUAUAGUUAUUUUAAACCUGGUUAUGUUUCACUCUUUCUUGAACCUUGUUAUAAAUUUUAAUGUAAUAAACACCAAUAUCAUUAGCCUAAUUAUUGAUAAACACGUUUUCAGUUCGAAUUUCAGCGUUUUUAGGGAGGAAUAGCCAAACAUCUUAACUUUUGUACUUCGAGACUUGGCUAUUUGCCCUAAAAACGUGUGAUUACUUAGGUUUUUCUGAUUGUAUCGAGUUUAAUUUUGGGUUUUGUUAACACUAUGUGAUUUUUAUUGACUUUACGCAGUAUGAUACAAAAUUUCCCAAAGUGUUUGUUCCAUGAUAACGUCAGUUCAGUUUUAAGUAGGAAACACUUAGGCAUGCACUUGAUACUUGUAAAUUAUGCACACGACUCCUUUUCGUUUCCAGUCAUUUUUCUACAUGGGGUUGAAGUUUUAGUUUGGUAGAGGAACAAACUUACCGAUGACUUAACCAUUUUAUAACCGUUUAAAUUUUGUAUGAUUGCUGUGCAUCUAUGGUUAAACAAAUCAUAAUAGAUUGUCAUUUUUGUAGUUCAUAUUUGUAUAAGAAUUAUUGUAACAAGUAAAGAUUAAUAUUCAAAUCGAAUAA